AUGAGCGACCAGACCCAGAAGAGGGACAAGACUGGAGAGCAGAGGAAGAGACUCAUCCGCCCCUCCAUCGUGGAUCCCCGGACUGUGAAAGAGCUGCUGGAGCUUUCCUUGAAGCUUCAUGUGCCCCCGCAGGACCUCAUCGAUAUGCUGCUCACACAAGAGCUCAGGAAGCUCCACCGUGACCCUCACACCCCCACUCGUUACACCGCCAGCCAGACCCCGAAGAUCCGGUACUUCAGCCGCAGACUGCCGCUGAAGAGCAAGCCCGCCAAUGAGGACAUGGACAGAGAAGACUUUUUGGAUAUCAUUGGCGUGGAAACCAUCAGUAACGAGUACCCUGUGGUGCAGAGACCCCUGAAGACCCCAUCGGAUAGAAUCGCCGCGGCGGCAAAUCCUGCAGCAAAUUCAGGUCCUAUCAAAAUCCCUCCUCCAUCUGGACGCAGGGAGAACCUGUUUUUAUCCGAGCUCAACAAAAUGCCCCUGAAGCGCCAGGCGGCUGCUGCUGAUGAGGACGACGACGAUGGAGAUGUUGAAGAUGAAGUGACCACCUACCUGGCGGCGAAGAUCCUCACAGAGUACCCAAACCCAAUCGCAAAGAGGGACACCCAGGCGCAGCUGAAGGGCCAGUUCCCCUACGAGCUGUACGAGCGGGCCUUGAAGGACUACUUGGGGCAAGCGGACGCUGAGAGGCAGGUAGCCAAGAGGGAGACCGAGGUGGCCACGGAGGAGAAGAUAAACCCCACAGAGAUGCAGGGGAAAGAGGAGGUAACGGCCAAGACGUCCGCUCCACAGACCGUCAAUGAAGAAGAGGAGGACGGGAAGGAACACCGUGAAAAAACAGUGGCUGGGAUGUAG